AUGGAGACCCGCUCAGAGUCAGCCGCUCUCGCUCUCGGCUCCAUCGGCGCUACUCUCCUCACUGUUCUCUCUCGCGAUCACAGAUACAUAGGCGGCGGCCGGGCACAGCUGCUGCACCGGUGCACCCAGACGUACUCCCGCACUCACCACGUACGCAACCACCGACCACCACCGCACCUCCCAGCGCGCGCGACGCCCGUCCGUCCGUCCGUCCAUGGCGCCCCCACCGCUCCACCUCCCGCCCUACUUAGGCCCCACUUGGCCCAUCGCGCGCCCCGGUUCCGCACCGCCAUUGAGCCCCCCGCCAGCUCUCCACCCAUCCUCCGACAGUCCGACCUCCUCACCGAGGCGCUCGGGGCCGAGAGCUUAGACCCGGACGACGUCGCCAUGGACGGCGUCGCUGCGGUCGUAGCCCAGGACCCGCCUUGCAAGAGAGAGCAGCGUGAGCCUGAGGACGACGCCGACCAAGGUUUCGUGAUGCCGAGGCGGACGAGGAGCGGGAGGGUGUUCCCUCCACCGAUUUCGGUGAUCGGCAGGGGCGGGCGCCCGUGGCUGACUCUCCGGGCGCACCGGGAGGACGGCCGGCUCGUGCUGCGGGAGAUGCGGCUGCCGUCGCAGGAGCUGCUCCAGCCAUGCAGGGAGGACGGGAGGUUUAAGCUGUUCAGGCACCCGGAGGCCGGCGGCCGAUGCUUCGUUGCCGGCGCCGGAUCACCCACCGCGGCGCAGGACUAGGGAAAGGCCGGGAAGCACUUUGAGAUGGAGCUGAUCGACCAGACUAUUCUGUAAUUUAGUUCCUGCGUGACACAGCACUCGCGAGUUAUUCCUCUCUUUCCUGCAGCAAUGUUCAUGAUCAUCUUGCCUUCCCGUCCGAUCUAUCCAUGCAUGGCUGGAAAAAUCAUCUCCCACA